AUGCCCAAAAAACAGAGGAAAACCGACUCUAUCGACAGCGACAUAAGAUAUUAUUCGGAACCCGAUGUCAAGUACUUUGAAAUCGAUUACGAGUUCCUGAAGGAACUGCAGCGUAUCGCGCGUAACAACUGCCCUAAGUGCAAAAGAAAGAGAAGUAGGAAAUACGAGGAGUAUAAAAAGCAAGGCGAUAGAGUGAGAGAGACUUAUGUGUUGUGUAGCGGACGUUACCACAGCGAGAAGGAGCACUGUAGAGUGUGCUGCAAGAUUUGUAAUCGUUCGACCGACACUCUUAACUCGAUAGACGAUGAGUAUUCACUGGUGUCAAGGAGUUACAGUCUACCAUCGAGCAAAGCCACCAUCAGUUCACGUUCUAGGUCCACUCCAAGCACCAAACAACGCGAGAGAAAGAACUCGAUACAAUCUAAUAAGUCCGUAUCAUUCCUGGAAUCGAGUAAUGAUGAAUCAUUGAAGGACGAGCCCAAUUACACAGCGAAGAGUUUCACUAAUGAUCUAAAGAAGUUUCUUUUGAAACCUUCCCCGCCGAGACUCAGUCUUCGUGACAAAUUCAUGAUCAGCUUCAAACAAGAGAUAGAAGCGACUAGAAAGUCGCCGAAAUUGAAGGCCAUAAGGGGUCUGUGGAAGUCCUAUUGA